GGCUCGAGCCACCGCGAGCACUAGACAGUUAGCGAAAGGAGAGAGUUGAUGGCGGCGGGGAACGGAGGGGCCGCGGGGGUGUCGGCGGCGGAGAAGAAGGUAGAGUGCGCGAUGGUGUCGGAGGCUGCGGAGAAGGUGGCGGCGGUGGACGAGGUGGUGUUGGAUGCGGCGGAGAAGCUGGAGCCGGAGGUGGUGGAGGAGGCGCCGGCGUUGGAGGUGGGGAAGCGGGAGGAGGAGGAGGAGGAGGAGAAGGAGAGCGGCAGGAUGAUCACGCUGAAGAGCUCGGAUGGCGAGCUGCUCGAUGUGACGGAGGCGUCGGCGAGGCAGUCCCAGAUCUUCACGCAAUUGAUCGAGUCCGGCAGCGCCGACCCGCACAUCCUGUUGCCCAUCGUCGACGCUGAGACCCUCAAGAAGGUGAUCGAGUACUGCGACAAGCACGCCACCGACGGCGACAACGAAGAGCUCGAGAACUGGGACGAGACGUUCAUCAACGAGCUGUACGAGGACAGGGAGCGCCUCUUCGAGGUCAUCAGGGCCUCCAACUACCUCUGCAUCGACGGACUCCUCAACCUCACCUGCGACAAGGUGGCCGACACGCUCAAGAGCAAGACCCUCCAGGAGAUCCGCGAGGCCUACAACAUUCACAACGAUCUCACCGAGGAGGAGGAGGAGGAGAUCCGCCGGGAGAACGCCUGGGCCUUCAAGGGUCAGAGCAAAGGAGUGAAACGCAUGCAAUCCCGUAAGCCGUAGUGUCUCGUCGUCGUCGUAAUGAUUUGUUGCCUCGUCGUUGUGUGCUGUGUUCUCUGGUCGAUCAGAGUGAGUUCGGCUGUGUCGUUGAUUGCUUUGAAUAGCUUAAUCGCUUGCAUGCACGAACUGCCCCAAAUUGUUUGCUGUGUCUGUUUGGCUUUGAUGCCGUUCGCCUCCCUAUCAAAUAUUUCGCUUAUGACUCAUCAGUUUGUUGGUGGGAUUCCAUCAUUCCAAUCCAAGAGAUCCGGUUGCAGAUUUGCAAUGUU